CCGAUCCCAAUCCAGUGUAUAUUUUCCAGCGCUAGACAAGUUGAUUUUUCGUCUGUUCGUGCAUCAUCUUAAUUUUUGUUAUAAUUUUUGCAAUAGUAAUAUUUUCCAGUUUCAAGUAUAAAAAUAAAAUAUAUACGGAAAAAUCACCACUGAAAAGCAGAAAAAAAAACAGAAUAAGAGCUGCAGAGCGCGGAGGCAGUUUUUCCGGACGAGUUGCGGAAAAUUGUGGAUUGAUCUCAGCCUCAGCUCGGUUUGUGGAAGACGAGAAAGCAGGAGAGCAGUAAAACGAAAGUCGAAGAUCGGUUCUGGCCGGGGCGUAGCGCAAAUUGAAGUGAAAAGAAGUGGCGUUUUAGUUCGCGGAGACGCACAGAGAUCUGUCGAGAUCUAAGUCGAGCAAAGGUCGGUUGGUGUUCGGGAAACGCGACGCGACGCGACGACGACGACGACGUGCCCCACAACGGAUUAGUUUCUUUGCCCUGGAAAAGCGCAAAAACGAAAAUCUGAAUUAUUUGAGUUAUCCCUCGGUGACUGGAUUUUAAGUUCCUCGCGCCUCUAUUUCUUCUCUUCUAUCGUUCCGAAAACCGAAACCCCGUUCGUCCGUGACGUUUGGUUCUCGUUUUUGAGUCCGGGAGUGAAGAGCCCCAAAAAAAAAGAAGAAAAAAAAGGUCAGAAACGCCCCAAGUGCGGAACGACGUCGGAAACCUAGUCCACCUUUUUUCUCUCUAACCAAACAUAAAGUAACAAUAACCGGAGGUACUUCUGCGAAGACGGAAAUAACACCCAAAACGUUCGGGCCUCGAGAAACCAAGAUAAGCCAUAAUAACACCAACUAAAACUAACGAAGAGUAGGGAAAAGUCAAGGCACACAGUGAAGCCAAGAGAGAUACAAAGUAAACCAACGCAAAGCAGCAGUUUUUCCAUCCUAACCUACCCCCUGGCAUAGCGAGGCGGAAGCGAAGCCGUGGAAAAACUCGGAGAAUUUUAGAGGAAAAAACGGGAUCAUAGGUGAUAAGGAAAUUUUACAUCUUGUAAUCUUUUGGAUGCACUUUCAUGAUAUAAUAAGAUACUAGGAGAAGAAAAUUAAGCAAAACGAGGAAACAUUUUUGAUAUUCGGAUUUGGAUCUCUUUCCUUGGCAAACAACGCGAGAUAUAUACAAGAAGAAUAAGAAAUUCAAGAAAAAUAACAAUAUACAAUAUUUAUAGCGAAAACAAAACCGAGAUAAGAAGAAAAAGGAUCAAUUGCUUCCUAUUUACAAUACAAAGAAAAACCAAACUUAGCAAAUAAAUUAGCAAAACAACAAGUGGACGAGGACAUAAUUCCGAGACACCACACCCCGUUCACUUUGUCCCUUCAUCGUGAGAAACGUGCGAAAAUAAAACCACGCCCAUAAAACUCCUCAACUCAAAAAACGGACUCUGAGAUCCGAGACAGGAGUCGCUUCUUCGCUAACUGAAAACCUAACCUACCGAGAACUUGUCGCGAAGUGAUUCCCCCUUAGGAAAUACGCCUAGCCAUUCGUGCGAAAGCAGACGAUAAUUGAACGUGUACCUAUUGAGCGUCCGUAAGCGGAAGACACUACAAUAACCAAUCCAGUGAAUCAAGAGUCAGAUUAACGACAAUCAACACUUAGCAGCACAGCAAAACAGCAAACAAGAGGUGAAAUUAAACACACAAACAUAGACAAAACACACAAAUCAGAGCGCAUUUUCGUCACCUCAACCCACUCAACAAAAACAAGUGAAUAAACGAAAGAUACCUAAUCCGCAAUUCCGCCAACUGAAGCCUCUCUUUUGGUCGCCUUCAGGUUCCGCGCGCACGUGAGCAAGCGUUUUCCAGAAAUAAAAAAGCAACAAGCAAAGCAGACUCUACUUUAUUUAGCGGCAAAGGACAAGAAUAGAUUUCCAGAUCUGAGUAGAGAAAUACUUACUAAAACUAGCUAGAGAUUACAACAGCGAGUGCAUAGCACACCCACACAGUAACAGGUUGAUAGUGAUUACGUUGUUAGACAAAAUAACGAUCCAAUCCAUCCAGUAAAUUUCGUGAGAGACAAAAAAAAGGGAGCAGCGAAAGCAAGCUAUGAUGGCAAACGGUUUGGAGACAGUGCAACAGAACGGACGCUCCGGCUCGAUCGGUAGCGGCCAGGAAGACAGCAAGACGAACCUGAUCGUCAAUUAUCUGCCACAGACGAUGACCCAGGAGGAGGUCAAGUCGCUCUUCUCCAGCAUCGGCGACGUCGAGAGCUGCAAGCUCAUUAGGGAUAAAGUUACCGGACAAAGUCUCGGGUAUGGCUUCGUCAACUACCAUCGUCCGGAGGACGCAGACAAAGCAAUAAACACAUUUAACGGGUUAAGACUACAGAACAAGACGAUCAAAGUGUCGUUCGCACGUCCCAGCUCAGACGCCAUCAAGGGCGCCAAUCUGUACGUGUCCGGGCUGUCCAAGAGCAUGACCCAGCAGGAUCUGGAGGCGCUUUUCCAGCCAUACGGACAGAUCAUCACGUCGCGCAUCCUGUGCGACAACAUUACCGGCCUAUCGAAGGGCGUUGGCUUCAUACGGUUCGACCAGCGGUCGGAGGCCGAGCGGGCCAUCCAGCAGCUGAACGGUACCACUCCGAAGGGUGCCUCCGAACCGAUCACGGUGAAGUUCGCCAACAAUCCAAGCAAUAACAUCAACAAGGCAAUUCCUCCGCUCGCUGCGUACCUUACGCCAACGCCAAACCUGCGACGAUUCCCACCCGGGCCGAUCCACCCGCUAGGCGGACGUUUCAGCCUUCCCUCUAAUUUCAGUCGCUACUCGCCGUUGACCGGUGACCUGGGAACCUCGGUCCUGUCCGCCAACGCGAUCAACGGAUCCGGCUGGUGUAUCUUCGUGUACAACCUGGCCCCGGAGACGGAGGAGAACGUACUGUGGCAACUGUUCGGACCAUUCGGCGCCGUGCAGAGCGUCAAGGUGAUCAAGGACCUGCAGACGAACAAGUGCAAAGGGUUCGGUUUCGUCACGAUGACCAACUACGACGAAGCGGUGGUUGCCGUCCAGUCCCUCAACGGCUACACCCUCGGCAACCGGGUGCUGCAGGUCAGCUUCAAGACGAACAACACCAAGUCGAAAACUAAUUAAAAAUGGGAAAAAUUUUAAGUUUGUACUCUUCCCGUUUUGAGACGAACAAAACCAAACGCAGCCUCCAAAGGCGUAAGCAGCCCACGUGAACAAAUGAGAACAUCCAUUCACACCCAUACACUCACACACAAACACCGUCGAAUCACCCAGAUUGCUACAAUUCGGCAAACUGCACGACAAGAAGGAUAAAAGUAGAUCUGUAGCGUUCUGUGUUUGUUUCCUGACUUUUAUCUUUACCUUGGUUAACGUAGCAGGCGCGAUCAAGCCGAAAGGAAAUAUCAUUCACUAAAAACAACAACAAACAAAAGCGUUUAGCAGAUAGACGUUAUAUCAACUGAAUCAAUGGGAUAUUGUAUUUAAAAAAAAUAUUAAAAAAAAUAUACGAAGACGAAGUGAAACAACAGAAAGGUGCAAUAAUAUUUCAAAAAUAUUGUAUAUAGAAAAAAUACAAUUUGAUAUUUCCUAAACUAGCAAAACAAAAACUAAAG